GAUCAACUGCGAUCUGUAGUUUGGUUGUAUAUUCUAUAAAACAGAAGGGAUCUUAAACUUCAUCGGUAAAAACACGAGAAACUCUUUAUUUGCAGAAGUGGUUUCAAAUUGAUUUCAAGGCAAAAAUGAGUUCCAAUUCUUCCACAGCUUCCACCCAAAGAAGGCUUGAAGACAAGGUGGCUUUGAUUACCGGAGGAGCUGGCGGCAUUGGCGAGGUCACAGCAAGGCUGUUUAUCCAACACGGUGCUAAGGUUGUCAUAGCAGACAUCCAAGAUGAUCACGGACAAGCCCUGGUUCAAGAACUUGGAGAAGAAAACAUCUCAUAUGUUCACUGUGAUGUUACAUCGGACUCCGAUGUCGGAAACGCCGUUGGUUUAGCUGUCUCAAAGUACGGGAAGCUUGAUAUAAUGUUCAACAACGCCGGUAUGUCCAGUCCCGACCUGCACAUAGUCACUUCAAAUGAUGAGAGAUUCAAAAAGGUUCUGGAUGUCAAUAUCUUUGGAGGGUACUUGGGUGCUAAACACGCUGCCAAGGUCAUGAUUCCGGCCAAGAAAGGAUGCAUUCUGUUUACUACAAGCGUUUUCUCGGUGAUCGCCGGAGCCGAUGCUGGCCAUGCCUACGUGACAUCGAAGCAUGCGCUUGUGGGGUUGGCUAAGAAUCUGGGUGUGGAGUUGGGGCAACAUGGGAUAAGAGUGAACUGCAUCUCGCCACACGGCGUGGCGACUCCGAUGCUGACGAGGCCGUUCGGAAACAUGCCGAAGGAGAAAGUGGAGGAGCUGAUUGCCUCGGGGUCGAACUUGAAGGGGGCGAUAUUGGAAUCGGAGGAUGUGGCUCAAGCCGCUUUGUAUUUGGCCAGUGAUGAUGCUAAAUACGUGAGUGGACUCAACUUGAUCAUUGAUGGAGGCUAUAGUACAACUAACCCUUCAAUGUCCAAUAUCCUUAAGAGCCUGUCUUCCAAAGUUUGAUU